GAAGAUCCUCUUUCUUGAUUGAAUAGUAAUAUUAAUGAAAGACAAGAUAAGACCUAUUCCCCGCUUCAUCUCUUAAAACGAAACGUAGCCUCCACACACCACUUCCUCCGUUGAAUCAAUCUUAACGAAAAGACAGGUUUUCCACAAUCCAUUACUGAUUGAUGAGAAUAUGUGAAAGUUAUCACACCGGCCUCUCAGCAUGGCUCAGAAACCCAUCUCAGACUCUCAUAUCGAGAUCGAGGAGACGGACCAAGCAAACAACCUCGUAGCAACCUAUAUCACAAGCCCUUCAGGAGAGAAAGGCAGACGAGUCGAUAUUAUCAUACCUCGAGACUCGACUAACUAUGCGAGAAGUAUUCUGAAUGCGUUUUUGCCUGCGGGCUACCCACAUAGCGUCACGAGUGAUUAUCUGGAGUAUCAAAUCUAUGACUCACUGCAAGCAUUUUCAAGCUCAAUUGCGGGCAUGCUAUCUUCAAGAGCAGUAUUAGAAGGAAUCGGUGUCGGAGACUCAGGCGCAUCACCAACCGCAGCACUUCUCCUCUCCGUCCUACAAGAAAGCAUGGGCCGAAUCGCCACGAUUCUCUUCGCCCAUAGACUCGGCACUUCGCUCGAACCUGAAUGCAAGAUGUAUCGAUUAGCGGCUGAUAUUUUCAAUGAUGCUGCCAUGAUACUCGAUUGUCUGUCUCCGGCUCUUCCAAAGGCAUCAAGAGUCAUGUUGUUGAGUCUUUCAAGUGUGCUUCGAGCUUUGUGCGGUGUGGCAGCCGGAAGCUCGAAAGCAUCGUUGAGUGCUCAUUUUGCUACCCAGGGCAAUCUUGGGGAGUUGAAUGCGAAAGACUCUAGUCAGGAAACCAUCAUCUCCCUUCUGGGUAUGCUCGCUGGGAGUUUGGUUGUCUCCCGGAUCUCCACAAAACUGGCUACCUGGACAGCCAUGAUCUUCUUAUUAGCAAUCCAUCUAGGCACGAACUAUCUAGCAGUCCGUGCAGUCUGCAUGCGGACACUUAACAGACAACGAGCCAACCUAGCAUUUUCCACUGCACUGGAUCAUGUUGAAAAACACGCCGAUAAUAACAAUCUCUGGAGAGGCCUCAUAGCCCUCGAUACGUUACUCGGCCCAACUCCGAACGAUAUACGCCGUCGAGAGCGUGUGUUCGAAGAAGAUGGUGUUUUGAGAUGGAAUGGCGAAGCCCUUGGACAUUGCAAAGUAGGAGUCGACCUCGGGACUUUACUGAGCUGCUUCAAUAGGAAGGAUGAAACUACAGGGAGCUACACAGACGCUCCUGACUUUGGACGAUUACUGACUAUAUUCAAUGACGUUCCAUACAUCAUUUGGUUUGAUGAGCCGAACAAAAUGUUCUUGGUUGUGUUGGGGAAGGAUGCGAGUCCUGAAGCGGAACUUUCUGCAUGGCUCUUUGCCUUGUACUUUGCUAAGCAUGGUAAAGAAAAAGACGAGGUGUUGUUAGAUGCUCUUAAGCGGACUCUGGAGAAGAUCCGUGGAAUUGAUAGAGGGAUUCUAGGUCACUUGGAAAGGGUUGGCUGGGAUACCAAAACAUCUGCGUUGGAGACACAAUCAGGUACAAGGAUCAAGAGACCCGCUCAUCCUCAAGGUUUCAGGUAUUAAGAUACUUUAGACUAUUGCCAUUUAACUGUCUACUUUUACUGCAUUAUUCAAGCUAAAGAUUGUUG